AUGAGUUCCCGUGUAAUCCCCAAAUGCCCCCCCAAUGUCGAGAGUGUGCCGUUUGUAGACGAGAAUGGUGACACUAUCGACAUUCAUAUCGUAGGUGACGGGAGACGUGAAACUACAUACUUCAAGGCCGUCGAUAUAGCCAUGCUCGUCGGGGCAUCAAGAGCACAAGUUAUCACCGAUGCACUUGACGUCAACAAUUGUGUGCGAAUCGGGAAAGCAAUCAACGACCCGGUAUACAUCAAAUUUGCCGGACUCAUACAGUACAUUGUCUCUUCACGCAAGGCCCGAGGCACGCAGUACGGGAUUUGGAUCCGCAAGAUUUUGUUUGCGUUUACUAUAAACGACCAUCAUACGAUUGUUGAACUAGCCCAACCGUCCCUAGCAACCGUCUCGCCUGAUCUUACGAUUAGUUACCCGACAGGUAUAUACCUGUUGGACGUUGGUACCGUGGGCAGUUUACGAAACAAGCUCACUGAACCGACGGAUGCUGCCGACGAUGAUGUGGUACUCAAAUUUGGCAUGUCAAACACAAAUCUGUUCAGACGCAUGCAAGAGCACGACUUCCCGAACGCGUCCCGACUGGUCAUGUGCUGUAUGCCGCCUGAACUCGCUGGGAAAGCCGAGAAGGAAAUUCACAUGUACAUGAACAAUAUGCACAUCGUAAAGCCAUUUGCUUAUGAGAAGCAAAGCGAGCUCGUGUCUGUACCGAGGAACAAGCUCGACUUGAUCACGAACAGCGUACGGAAAAUUGGUGUUGAACGCGGGGGUGAAAAUGCCAAGGUCAAUACGACACACGAAAUUGAAAAGAUCAACUUGCACUUGAACUUUUCAAAGGAAAAGCUUGAGAAGGCCGAGGUCGACUUGCAGACAAUUGCAAAGCAGUUAGACGCACAGUUAUAUGACAAGGAUCGUCAAUUGUCAACACUUACCACUCGGAUUGCCGAAAAGGAACGUCAGCUUAUCGAGAAAGACUAG